AUGGGCGUGCGCAACUGCCUCGACGGCAAUAAUAUGUCAGGACAACGCAAUAGCCCCCUUGAACUCGGCGAACAGCCCGAGCAACCACCUUUGGAGGCCCCAGGGGCAGCUGCCCCCGGUGCUGGGCCUGGCGCAGCCGAAGAGAUGGAGACCCCACCGCCUCACAGCGAGCCCGUCCCCGUCGAGAUUGAAGGCGAGGCCUGCGGACCCCCAGAAGUCUCCAGGCCCAAGUUCCAGGGCCUCAGCCAGGCCAUCAAGGAAGCCGGAGCCCAUGGAGGCUACAGCCCACCUCCUGAAGAAGCCAUGCCCUUCGAGGUCGAGCAGUCCAGCUUGGGAGGCUUCUGGCCUACCCUGGAGCACCCUGGAGACACCACUGGGGCCCAUGCAGGCCUUGAAGCCUUCAGCCCACCGGUCACGGAGCCCGGAGCCUUCGGUGAGGCCAGGCCAAGCCUGGGAAGCUACAGCCCUCCUCCCGAAGAAGCCAUGCCCUUUGAGUUUGAGCAGCCUGCCCAGGGAGGCUGCAACCAACCUCUCUUGCAGGUCUCAGACCUCGCUCCAGGAGGCCCAGGUGCGGGGGUCUUCAGGGCUCCUCCCGAGGAGCCCCGAGCCCUCAGACCUGCAAACGCAGGCUUCAGAGGAGGAUGCAGCCCUCCCCCUGCGGAGGAUGUGCCAUUUGAGUUUGAUGGAGCAGCCUUUGGGGACGACAGCCCACCCCCUGGGCUCCCCCGAGCUAUCCCGCAAAUCGACGGCCUUGGCGGCAACCCGAUCGCAGCAGUUGCGGCCCCGAGUGCGGUCCUCCUCGCUCCCACCGCGAACGAGCCCCCCCUCUGGGUCCCAGGCAUCAUCGGCAGCCCAUCUCGAGAGGCUGUCAGACCUCUUCCACACUUCGCGGGCAACAGCCCCCCGAUGGAGAUCUCCGGACCCCCGCGCGAGAUUGGCAGCGCCCCCGUUGGGGUCGACGACGCUCCCGUCAACGUGGACAGCCCCCCAAUCGCGCUUGACGGCCCGCCCAUCGAGGUCUCCCGAGCCCCAGUUAAGAGAGUGCAAGCAGAGGGAGAGAGACCCCCAGGUGAGGGAGAAACAGCCGAGAUGGAAGGAGGCUCAGCCACCGCUGCCGCGGAGAGAGGCAAAGUCCCCGAUCCCGGAGACGGAGCCCCUGCCGCCGGAGCAGCCCCUGACACGCCAGCCGCCGGGGCAGCCCCUGCCGGCCCUGACACUCCAGCCGCCGGGGCAGCCCCUGCCGCCCCUGAUGCUCCUGUCGCCCGGGCCGCUCCCGCCGCCUGCGCAACCCCAGCCUCUGGAGCCCGACCCAAAAUCAGUUUCCUUAGACCCCCCAGCCCCGAGAUCCAGGCUGCCGAUCCGCCUACUCCGCAGCCUCCUCGCGCAUAUGCCUGGCGGGGCAGGUCCGAGCGCAGCUGCUACCGCGGCGACGACGACGACGACGAAAUAUCGGUCAGCAGCGACAGCGGAGACGAAUCCGACGAUGGGACCUUCGGAUGCCGCCGCUGGUUUCAGUCCAGGCGAAACCGCCGCCGCCGAAAGACCCGGCGCAACUUGCUCCGCAACUUCCUCGUUCAGGCCUUCGGAGGCUGCUUCUGCCGAUCCGAGAGCCCCCAGUCCAGAGGCUCCCUCAGCCCCAAGGUCAAGAAGGUUGCCCUGGCGGAGAAGCGCAGAGAGACCCGCAAGGAGAGCAUGGAGAAGCGCGCCCAGAAGCGCGCAGAGAAGAAACGCAGCAAGCUCAUCGACAAGCAGCUCCAGAACGAGAAGAUGGGCUACAUGUGUACGCACCGCCUGCUGCUUCUAGGGAGACAAGUGGUGCGGUACAACACUGAGGGUCGUUUCCAGCUGGACAAACCAGCGCCAGCGACCUUAAGACGUCGCCGAGUCGUGGGGUGGGGGACGGCAAGAAAGGCUGGGGCUUCAGGUGCUGGAGAAUCUGGUAAAAGCACCAUCGUGAAGCAAAUGAGGAUCCUGCAUGUUAAUGGGUUUAAUGGAGAGGGCGGCGAAGAGGACCCGCAGGCCGCAAGGAGCAACAGCGAUGGUGAGAAGGCAACCAAAGUGCAGGACAUCAAGAACAACCUGAAAGAGGCCAUUGAAACCAUCGUGGCCGCCAUGAGCAACCUGGUGCCCCCCGUGGAGCUGGCCAACCCCGAGAACCAGUUCAGAGUGGACUACAUUCUGAGCGUGAUGAACGUGCCAGACUUUGAUUUCCCUCCCGAAUUCUACGAGCACGCCAAGGCUCUGUGGGAGGACGAGGGGGUGCGCGCCUGCUACGAGCGCUCCAACGAGUACCAGCUCAUCGACUGCGCUCAGUACUUCCUGGACAAGAUUGACGUCAUCAAGCAGGCUGACUAUGUGCCCAGCGACCAGGACCUGCUGCGCUGCCGCGUCCUGACUUCUGGAAUCUUUGAGACCAAGUUCCAGGUGGAUAAAGUCAACUUCCACAUGUUUGACGUGGGCGGCCAGCGUGAUGAACGCCGCAAAUGGAUCCAGUGCUUCAAUGAUGUGACUGCCAUCAUCUUCGUGGUUGCCAGCAGCAGCUACAACAUGGUCAUCCGGGAGGACAACCAGACCAACCGCCUGCAGGAGGCUCUGAACCUCUUCAAGAGCAUCUGGAACAAUAGAUGGCUGCGCACCAUCUCUGUGAUUCUGUUCCUCAACAAGCAAGAUCUGCUCGCUGAGAAAGUCCUCGCUGGAAAAUCGAAGAUUGAGGACUACUUUCCAGAAUUUGCUCGCUACACUACUCCUGAGGAUGCGACUCCCGAGCCCGGAGAGGACCCACGCGUGACCCGGGCCAAGUACUUCAUUCGAGAUGAAUUUCUGAGAAUCAGCACUGCUAGUGGAGAUGGGCGCCACUAUUGCUACCCUCACUUCACCUGCGCUGUGGACACAGAGAACAUUCGCCGUGUGUUCAACGACUGCCGUGACAUCAUCCAGCGCAUGCACCUCCGUCAAUAUGAGCUGCUCUAAGAAGGGAACUUCCAAAUUUAAUUAAGGCCUUAAGCACAAUUAAUUAAAAGUGAAACGUAAUUGUACACGCAGUUGAUCACCCACCAUAGGGCAUGAUUAACAAAGCAACCUUUCCUUUCCCUCAAGUGAUUUUGCGAAACCCCCUUUACCCUUCAGCUUGCUUAAAUAUUCCAAAUUUAGAAAGCUUAAGGCGGCCUACAGAAAAAGAUUAAGGAAAAAAAGGCCACAAACGUUCCCUCUCUCUUUAAGUAAGUAAAAUAACAGCAGCAAACAAAUAAAGAAAUAAAAGAAUAAAUGACAUAAAUGAAACAAAUGAAAUAAAUAUUGUGUUGUGCAGCAUUAAAAAAAAAUCAAAAUAAAAAUUAAAUGUGAGCAAAG